ACGCGGAAGUAACGUUUCACAACCACCAGGGCCCCGGCGUGACAUUCACCGGGUUGUCUGAGUCGGGGGUUGUGUAAAAGGAGGACCACGACCACCCUGAGCCCGACAGAACAGAUUUAAAAAUGAGGGUACUGAAUGCAAGUCUUUCUUUGGGCAAAAAGCAUCUUUUGGCACCAGGAAGCGUCACCCUUAAAAAGGUUCUGAUAAACAGCUGUCGGUCAUGUUCCUCUGGGAUCGUUCCCAACGAGAGGAUCCGCAACAUCGGGAUCUCGGCUCACAUCGACUCGGGGAAGACCACCCUGACCGAGCGUGUCCUCUAUUACACCGGCAGGAUAGCAGAGAUUCAUGAGGUGAAGGGGAAGGAUGGUGUAGGGGCCACCAUGGACUCAAUGGAGCUGGAGAGACAGAGGGGCAUCACCAUCCAGUCAGCUGCUACAUACACUAUGUGGAAGGAUCACAACAUAAACAUCAUUGACACACCAGGUCACGUGGACUUUACCAUUGAGGUGGAGCGAGCGCUGCGUGUCCUGGAUGGAGCUGUGCUGGUUCUGUGUGCGGUGGGAGGAGUCCAGUGUCAGACUAUGACAGUGAACAGACAGAUGAAACGCUACAACGUCCCCUUUCUCACUUUUAUCAAUAAGCUGGACCGCAUGGGUUCCAACCCAAACCGGGCUCUGCAGCAGAUGAGAACUAAACUGAACCACAAUGCAGCCUUUGUGAACAUCCCCAUCGGCCUAGAGGGGAACAUGAGAGGCAUCAUUGACCUUGUAGGGGAGCGGAGCAUGUAUUUUGACGGACCUUUUGGUCAGUCUAUCCGCUACGAUGAGAUCCCGGCAGAUUUCCGUGCUGAGGCUGCCGACAGGAGGCAGGAGCUGGUGGAGUGUGUGGCUAACGCUGAUGAAAUGUUGGGAGAGAUGUUCUUAGAGGAAAAGAUCCCAACUAAUGAAGACCUGAAGGAUGCUAUCCGCAGAGCGACAGUUCAGCGUCUUUUCAGUCCUGUGUUGGUGGGCACAGCACUGAAGAAUAAGGGCGUCCAACCUCUACUUGAUGCUGUCCUGGAUUACCUGCCCAACCCCACUGAGGUCAAAAACUAUGCUAUCCACAAUGACGAAGAUUCAAGUGAAACAUCAAAGAUUCAGAUGGACCCUGCAAGAGACUCUGAGAACCCUUAUGUCGGUCUGGCCUUCAAACUUGAAGCAGGGAGGUUCGGCCAGCUGACAUACGUGCGUGUGUACCAGGGCUGUCUGAAGAAGGGGGAGUACAUCUACAACACACGUACAAGCAAGAAAGUCAGAGUUCAGAGGCUUGUGCGUCUCCACGCUGACCAGCUGGAGGAUGUGGAUGAGGUUUAUGCUGGAGAUAUUUGUGCCCUGUUUGGAAUUGACUGUGCCAGCGGAGACACUUUUACAUCCAGGACCAGCGCUAACCUCUCCAUGGAGUCCAUUCAUGUCCCAGAGCCUGUUAUUUCCAUGGCAAUGAAACCAGCUAACAAGAAUGACCUGGAUAAAUUCUCUAAAGGUAUUAAUAGAUUCACAAGAGAGGAUCCAACGUUCAGGGUGCAGUACGACACAGAGAGUAAAGAAACCAUCAUCUCAGGGAUGGGCGAGCUGCACCUCGAAAUCUACUCCCAGAGGAUGGAGAGAGAAUACAACUGUCCGUGUGUGAUGGGGAAGCCCAAGGUGGCUUUCAGGGAGACGAUCACAAGUCCUGUAUCGUUUGACUUCACUCACAAGAAGCAGAGCGGCGGCUCCGGGCAGUUUGGUAAAGUUAUUGGAGUCCUUGAACCUCUCGAGCCAGAGCAUUACACCAAGCUGGAGUUUGAAGACCAGACCGUCGGAACCAAUGUCCCCAAGCAGUUUGUACCAGCCGUAGAAAAGGGUUUCAAGGAGGCCUGUGAGAAGGGACCUCUGAGCGGGCACAAGAUCUCAGGAGUCAGAUUCCUCCUGGAAGAUGGAGCGAAUCACAUGGUGGACUCCAAUGAGAUCUCUUUCAUCCGAGCAGGAGAGGGCGCUCUUAAACAAGCCAUGGAAAAGGCCAACACGGCCAUCCUGGAGCCGAUCAUGUCGGUGGAAAUCGUGGCGCCUCAGGAGUUUCAGGGAACGGUGAUCGCUGGUGUGAACCGUCGGCACGGUGUCAUCUCAGGGCAGGACGGAGCUGAAGGAUACUUCACUCUGUACGCUGAUAUCCCCCUCAAUGACAUGUUCGGCUACGCUACAGAACUCCGCUCCUGCACAGAGGGAAAAGGAGAGUACACCAUGGACUACAGCAGAUACCAGCCCUGCCUGCCAGUCACACAAGAUGAUCUUAUUCACAAAUACCUGGAGGCUACAGGGCAGCUUCCAGCAAAGAAGAACAAGUGGAAGAGCUGAAAACUGUCACACUGACCCAACUGUUGAACUUUGAAGUUAAUACCUUCCCUCAUCUACCUGCCCAUCGUCUCAACUAUGAGACUUUAAUUUGUAGAGCCAUAAAAAAAAUACCUUGACAUUUUACUUUGACUGAAAAAGCUGCAGUUUCUCUAAUGUUUGACCCCUGUGGAAAACAUAUUUAUUACUUUUAUUUGUAGAACAAUGUGAAGCCUGCAGCAAUCAUUUUGCAGGGUAGUGGAAAGCUCUGUGUUUGGAUUUGAGCUAAUGGUGGGUUUUUGUACUAUGUACAGAAUGCUCCUGAUGUAAUGAUGAAUGCAACAAAGAUAUAUCUGUCUUUUAAAGAAUAUUUUCUGUGCAAAUUCAUGUCUCAACAA